AUGGCUGCUGGACCAGUGAACCGCGACAUCAAGGCAACCUCCCUGGCCAAGGAGGAAAGCGAGAAUGUUACCAACAUUAAUGUGGCCCCAAAGGUUCCAGAUCAGUUCGCGGACGAAAGUUUCAAGCUCUUCUCCAAGAUCCAAGUCACUGAUCCAACGCCCAAAGAAACUCUGGAGAUUCGAAACAAAUGCCUAUGGCGGAUUCUUCCUUUCCUGUGCAUCGGAUAUCAUCUCAUGUAUGUGGACAAGCAAACACUGGGAAGCUCUGCCAUCCUCGGGAUUAUGAAAGAUGCACACCUAAACUCAACUCAGUAUAAUUGA